CUCUCGUGUUCCUUUUCUUGCUGCUGGUUUCUCUUCUCUUUCUGCUCUAACUAACCCCGUUAGAUCCAUAGGCAAUCAUCUUUGGUGGUCCAAUGAACGUGGCACAGCCCACUUGAGCUCAGACAAGAAUCUAAGCGAGGCCUUGAUUUACAGUGGGUUAUCCAGCCCCUAGGCCAGCUGAUGCUCUGAGUCGCUGACACGGCAUCUGGGGAAUCGCACUGGAUCAUCACCCGAGCGUCGCAGUUGUCAAUUCAUACAACAGCUCUUCUUUAUAUGCUUCUUGUCCACCAAUCUCACUCGACAUGCAUCUUGAAGCCGUUCGUGGAGUGAGGAUAAACACUGUACGCAACAAAACUCGCAUCAGCAUGUGACUGAUGGUUGCAACCCAUAGCCUUUUGACACAUGAAGCCCCCCAAAGACCCUUCGAGAACGGUCCGUAACCCAUAGUAAAAUGCAGGGUUCAAUAUGCAUCUCUGGCACGAGACAGCCUACGCUACGUCAUGCGCUUCUAGAGUAUGAACCAUCACUUUCUGGAGGUAGUUUUAAGGGUUUCUCUGGUCCCCAAGAAUGGGCAACAUUAUCAAUACCAAGAAUAAAAUAAGCUGGAUCAAAUAUUUUUUAAUAUUUUUUAAUAUUUUUUUUUUUUUUCCCUUUUUUUUUAUAUCAAGCAUUUUGCCCAUCAAAAUUCCGUACUGGACUAUAAACCAGACCAAAUCAACCGACAUGGAUACAGACAAUAACAAGCGCCUCUUGAAUCGAUAUGGGAUCCUUCCGAAGCGAGGCAGCCUUCUCAAUCACCAAUUAGAGGGGAGAAAAUAUUUCGACUCGGGAGACUUUGCUCUUAACCAAGCUCAUCAGUCAUCUAACAUUGGCAACGUCAAAACAGGUCGCGAACAUCCAAUCCGUCAAGACAUAUCAGAGCCGUCUAGUUCCGUCCCAAGUUCCAGCAACAUUGAUGAUAACGCAACUCAACAGUCAUCAACAAGACGAAGAAGCACGGAGGUAAAGUUUCAUGCUCAAACACAACUUCAUCAAGAGAUGAAAAGCCCUCCCGAGAGUGAAAAUCACGGAACAGAAGAGGGAAACAAUGAGUAGGUUACUAUUGAUACAAUGUACGUUUGAGAAACAUGACCCGAUUCGCGAGUUUUAUGGUCUUCUCAUGCAGAUGGAAAAUGCAUAUUUAUCCAAAGCCUAUUACAACCUAUAUUACUAUGGCUGUCUAUGUAAUUUUAGCUACACAAACCUCUCUCUCAAUGUCAACGUCAAAAUUCCUUCUCCUCUGAGAUCUUGGUUUGCGUUGUGCUCAUCCAAACACCAUCAGUAGAAGCGUAAUUGGUUUAGUGG